AAUUUGAUAAAUCCAGAAUUAUAAAUUUAUCAAUCUGAUAAGAAUAUUGUAGUUUUAAUGACAUAUGAUAAAAGUACAUUGUGUAUCACAAUGAAAGUUAAGAAUUGUAUAAAUCAAAAGUAAUGAUAUCUAUUUGCAGGAGAAUCUUUCUCUACACUGUCGUUAGUUUAUUGAAAUAUUAAGAAAACAUUAGUAAUUAAGAACUACAACCUCACUUUCACUUCGUGACAUUUAAUCCAUAUGGUAACAACAGGUAUUAUUGCACGCGUGAUAAAUCGUAUAUAUUUUAAUAAACAAAAAAUUAAUAAACAAUGGAAUCUUCUCAAUUAAAAAAUAUUUUUAAUAUCAAAUAUGUGAAAAAAUGCAGCGAUGAUAUUCAAUAUGGAACAGCCGGCUUUAGAGCAAAGGCAAAUGAUCUUGAACAUGUUCUGUAUAGAAUGGGAUUGCUAGCAGUAUUGAGAUCUAAAGUUAAAAAUGCUGCAAUUGGUUUAAUGAUUACGGCAAGUCAUAAUAUUGGGUCUGAUAAUGGUGUGAAACUUAUAGAUCCAGCUGGUGAAAUGUUAGAAGCAUCUUGGGAACAUAUAGCUACCAACUUAGUUAAUGUAGAAGAUUCAAAUUUAGUUUCUGCAAUAGAGCAUAUUAUAAAAGAACAAAAUGUUAACAUGUCUACAGAUGCAGUUGUAAUAACUGGUAGAGACACUAGAGAAAGUAGUCCUACAUUAUUAAAUGCUGCUCUUGCAGGAAUUGAAGCCUUACAUGGAUUUGUACAAGAUUUUGGUAUUGUUACAACCCCCCAGUUACAUUACCUUGUUGUAUGUACAAACACAAAUGGUAGUUAUGGCGAUCCCACUUUAUAUGGUUAUUAUGUAAAGUUAUCAGAAGCAUUUAAAUAUAUAAGACAAAAUAUGGUUAACAAUGGACAGUACGUUGCAGAAUUGUUAUUAGAUGCUGCUAACGGUGUUGGAGCUAAUGCCAUAAGAGAAUUUCAAAAUUACAUAGGAACGUCAAUUGCAAUUAAUGUAUAUAAUGAUGGAGAUGGGGAAUUAAACCACAUGUGUGGAGCUGAUUAUGUGAAAGUACAACAAGUACCACCUAUAAAUUUUCCUCUCAAACCAAAUGUUAGAUGUGCAUCCAUAGAUGGUGAUGCAGAUAGAAUUAUUUAUUUCUACAUGGAUGAAGACAAUAAAUUUCAUCUUUUGGAUGGUGACCGAAUAGCAACACUUAUUGCUGAAUAUCUUAAAGAACUUUUACAAGAAAGUCAUUUAUCAUUUCAACUUGGUUUAGUACAAACAGCAUAUGCUAAUGGUAGUUCUACUGAUUAUAUUUCAAAUGUACUACAAAUUCCAGUUGCUUGUGUAUCAACUGGUAUUAAACAUCUACAUAAUAAAGCACUAGAAUUUGAUAUAGGAAUAUAUUUUGAAGCAAAUGGUCAUGGAACUGUACUUUUUAAAGAAACUACUAUUGAAACAAUUAAGAAAGCUAUCAUAAAUCCAGAACAAUCUAUAAGUGAGAAAAAAGCUGCCUCGAAAUUACUGAAUAUAAUAAAUGUAAUUAAUCAAACAGUUGGAGAUGCUUUUAGUGAUAUGUUGCUAGUAGAGACAGUUUUGCAUGCGAAAGGCUGGGAUAUUAUAGAAUGGGAAAAAAUGUACAAAGAUUUACCAAAUCAACAAUUAAAAGUAAAAAUUAAUGAUAAAAAUGUUAUUACAACAACUAAUGCAGGAAGACAAUGUAUAACACCAGAAGGAUUACAAAAUGAAAUUGAUAAAGUAGUAUCGCAAUAUAAAAAAGGACGAUCUUUUGUAAGGCCGUCAGGAACUGAAGACGUAGUACGAGUAUAUGCAGAAUGUGAAAAUUUAUGCGACCUUAAUAAAUUAAUUACAGAUGUGGCAUUGUUAGUCUACGAUCGUGCAGGUGGAAUUGGACCUAAACCUCAACUUUCCUAGCACUUACGACAGUUUGAUGAAGAAAUGUUUUAAAUGAAAUUUAAUUAGCUUUCAAUCGACUACAAAUUGCAAUGUAAAAAAUUUCCAAGCAAUUGAUUUUUCGAUAGAAAAUCAAGGUCACCUUGGCUUUUUGUGACAUUAUGUAUUCUUGGCUUCAUACCGUUUUAAAUGAUGUUAAAAUGAGUUCAAUGACUUACUACUUUAUGAUCUCAAAAAUAAAAAUUAUUUUAUUUCGAUAAAAUCACACGUUUCCAAAUAUGUAAUUUGAUAAUUUGUGAACUUCAAUAAGAAAAACCAUACACACAUUACAAAAAGACCAUUACAUAAACAGCAUACAGAAAUAAAACCUUAGUUGGGCACUUAUGAACCUAUACCUUGAUCACUUUGGUUACCUGAUUUGUUCUUAUUAGAUUCUUUUUGUUUACAGUCGGUGGUCUACAGUUUACGUUGUAUUCAAAACCUUAUAUACCUAAAGCAACGAAUCAGUGCAGCAUGCCCACGCACAAGAUAAUUGUAGUGACAAGAUUGUAAUAAGAAUCAAUACAAAUUUACUGCAUUGUUCGGAAUUGUGCUCUUAAAAUUAUGGGCUAUAAUUCGAGCAUUUAUUAUAAUUGAACGCACAAAGAUAUCAUAAUACUACAUGAGCUAUGUUUAUUUCUGUAAGCUGUUUAUGCUUUUUUUGUAAUAUACUGAUUAACAUUUUUCUUAUUGAAACUCACCAUUUUCAUAUAUAUAAUUUGAUCGAAAUAAUGUAAUUUUUAUUUCAAAGUCAUAAUAUAAUAAGUUGUUGAAUUCAUUUUAACAUCAUUUAUAACGGUAAGAAGUCAAAAAUACAUAAUGUCAUUUAAAAAAAGACAAACUGAUCAGGACUUUCUAUUGAAAAAACAAUUUUUUUUAAAUUUCUUGUAUUGCAAUUUCUAGCCGAUUGAAAACUGAUUAACUUUUAUUUAAACCAUUUCUUCGUCAGACUAUAGUAAGUGCCUGAAAAAUCGUGGUGAUUAUUAGGUGAUACAGCCUGUAUAUGUAUAUACACACAUAUCAUAUAUAAAGAACAAAGUAUUAGUAAUAUUUUACACACCUUGAUUUUAUAAUUUUGUAAUACAAUAAAUGCCGUAUCUAAUA